UUGUGUUUUAUAUCAAGUUACUUGUUUUACUUUUAUUUUAAAUGUUGAAAUAUUUUAUUUUCUGCUGCCAGUUUUAUCUUCUUAAUUUUUCAAUGGUCUUUUAAGAUUUUCAUAAUCCACAAAUAUUAAUACAGUUAACUCACUAUCAUUUAGCAGAUAGCAUUGCUGUCAAAUGUACAUUAUCAUGUGGUUUUUGACACAUAAGUAAAUAUAUAUGCAUGAGCUAAUCCUAGAUUUCCAGCACAGAUACACAGCGUGUGUUGUGUGACUAUUAUUAUCAUCAUCAAUCUUUAUUAUAGUCCAUGGACCCAAUGUGCCCAGCAGAAAAAAAGUGGACAGCACAUUCAUAAAUGAGUGCAAUUCUAGAUGCAUAUGAACAUGGGCAAAUAUAUACAAGGCAAGUUUAAAUAUGAGUCUAAUACAGGAAGUUGUCUUAUCCUGGCUACCUCAGAGGGAAACUUGGGAACAACUAAUGUCACCUGGGGGAAAUUGUCACUUAGUAAAAACUUUUCUUGGAAUUGGGCUGAUGCACCAGGAAGGUUUUUCAGUGGCUGAGCUUGUUUCUAAAAACUGCAGGACAAUGAGAUGUGAGGUGUGAUACAUACAUUCAACAUCCAAAGGGCAAAGUCUUGCAUUGUAUGGGACUCCCGCAAAUCUGCCUCGAAGCACUUCGGAUAGGAACACGUUGCACCUUGCCUUGGAGAAUAGGCAGUGAUAUUUGGCCACAGUCAAGUGGCCAAGAUAAUUUGCUUCAUGAAAAGGCCCAACAUUAUGUAUGCUCAGGGCACUUGGGGAACAAGAAACUUAUGAACGGGAACACUGCUCACAGAAGGCAAUGUCCUAUAGUCUUUGAUAGAUGUAAGUGUCAUGUCAUAACGCAAAUGAGAGAGGGAGGAAGAGAGGCCAAUAGAAGAGGCCUUUUUAGAGUUAAACUUGAACCAGUUGCUAGUGUAAUUAUUCUGGGCUAGAUGCUAAAUCAGACUUGAGCCCAGUUUGAAAACACUGACCUUAAUCCAAUAUUUAAGGGCCCACCACCAAGCUCUUGUUGGCUGGGGAUUUCCCCAUAUUCUAACAGCAAGACACAGGAUGGUAUACAUCUGAGGAACUGGAAAAGGACCCUCAAAAACUGUGAUUGAUGCUGAUCUAUCUUAUAUGUUGAGCCACCAAUCCAUAUGUUGUUGUGCGACUAUUUAAAUAAGACCAUUAAACCUAUAAAUAACAUGUUCUUAUAUAGAAGAACAGUUGUGAUGUGAUGCAGCUCUGAUUAACUUAACUAUCUUCACUUAUUUAUAGCGUUGUGAGGAUGUUGAGAUACUGUUUCUAUGGAGAGAAUGGCAAUAUUCACAAAAAAUGAUAAACUAGAAUGCCAGAUGUUUGUUGUUUGUUUGCUCUCAUUUGACUUUUUUAUGAGCAGUAAUAGCAGUAGCUAGGAACACAUUAAAAAGAAAAAGGUUAGUAUUACAUUUAAUGAAAAAGGCCUGAUUUCGUCCUGGAAAGAGUCUGAAGAUAGUGCAUGAUGCUGGCUUGUGGUUCUUUGCUUGCUUGAGACAGGUACGGUGGCUUAGAUUUAGCACUGAACUUUUUCUAUUAGUAAGAAUUGGCUGCUGAAGCUGCUUCUGAUGCAGUGGAAGCCAAAUGGGAGCAGUUGGACAGUGUAUACCUGCUUGCUUGCUCAUGAAUAAAUUACUCAGAACCUGGCAUGGUUGUUUUGUGUCAGUAUAGUCACUGAGUUUAAGUAUUAAGUUAGCCUCAGUAACGAAAAUUAAUGUUGCUAAAUUGCUUAGACACUGGAAGGUUCCUGGUUGUUUCCCAUGAAAACUGAACCAAGUAAUCUUAAAUCAUUAGCUGAGUGCUAGUUCUUUUAUAGAAAUGAAAUCUGCACAAGCGAAUCUUAAGUCACAUUAGUGAUAUGCAAUGGCAUUUCUUUGUGGAGAUUCUUGUAUAAAGCAACCAUAAUAUCCAGAAAAUUCUAGAUCUUGAAGAGUAGCAGGCUUUGAAAAUGUUGAUCCUUUUGUGACAGCCAAAAAAGCUGUGAGUCCGAACCUCUGAAAACAAAGCUGUUCUCUGUCCCAGAACUUGUAGGACUGGAAGAGUAGCCAGCUGAGGGCAGCCUGAAAAGUUGAUAGACAGUGUACAAGGAGGCCAGGCAGGAUGACAACUGGGGUGGUCAAAUAUUUAAUGUGCCAGGAACAAGGAAAUUAACUGGUAAUUGUACAGACAUCAUUUAAUGGAGAGUCUUCAGUAGUGAUGUAAUGUUGGCACUCAAUGAGCUAAAUGGGAGAGAGGAUGCAGCUUAUUUUGAGGAGAGUGAAAUGGUGUGAGGUCUUUAAUGCUAUGGGAGGGGUGUUCCAUAACUCUUUAGCACAACAGUGAUACUAUUUUCUCAAGACUUUGAGUAGGAGCCUACAGUGGCGUAGUGGACUAAAGCCUCAUGACUUGAAGGUUGGGUUGCUGACCUGAAGGCUGCCAGGUUCGAAUCCCACCCAGGGGGAGCGCAGAUGAGCUCCCUCUAUCAGCUCCAGCUCCCCAUGCAUGCGGGGACAUGAGAGAAGCCUCCCACAAGGAUGGUAAAAACAUCAAAACAUCUGGGUGUCCCCUGGGCAAUGUCCUUUCAGACGGCCAAUUCUCUCACUCCAGAAGCAACUCAAGUUGCUCCUGACACGAAAAAAAAAGACUUUGAGCUUGCAAGGAAAGAUGUGAACUGCAUUGAACAAAUUCAACAUGAAAUAAGUCAGAUCAGGUUUCAGCAAAGCAGACCAGUCAAGAUAUAGUGGGCCAGAUUCAGUCAAGUAUGAUAGCUAAAACUCAGUGAGACUGAACUAACUCGCUGGUUAAGGUUGGUCAAUUCACACUGGUCUGGUCAUGCCAGACUCCAGUGAGCAGCCUUAAGGACUCUGGAUAGCUCUCACUACACCCUGGUUGCUGAACUGAAUUGUGUCAGCAAAAGAUUGUAAUCAUUGAAGCUUUAAAAGAUUGACAGGACCUUUAAAAAUAAUUCAAUUUCCUCAAUGGCUGUCUGUAACUUUUAAAGGGCUCAUGAUUGUUUUUAUAAUCAUGUGUUCUUAUGUGGCAGUAGGAUGGAAAUGCCCAUGGGAAAGCUCACCCCAGCAUCUAAAUAUGACAAUGGAGUUUUGACCCUGGGCCAGUAGAGUGAUGCUGUGGAAUCACAGAAAUGAGAUGUAAUUCAUCUGAAUUCCUCUCUGAGAGCUGGGAACCAAUAAGAAAGUAUGGUAAAAAAAAAAAAACCCUCCACUUGUUAAUAGUUAGAAGAAAUUUCUCUUAUAGUUGCUGUUGAUGAUGUUGUGUAUUUCCAAGUAAUUUCUGACGUAAAUUGGUGAGUCUUUAGCAGGAUUUCCUUUGGCAUAAUUUGUUCAAAGUGGGUUUGUCCUUGUCUUUUUCUGAGGCUGAGAGAGUAUGAUUUGCCCAAGGUCACCCAAUAGUUUUCCAUGACCGAGUGUAACCCUAGUGUCCUAGUGUUUUAGUCCAACACUCAGGCCACUACAGCAUACUGGUUCAUUCCCUCCUCUCCUCUCUGCAUUGUAUAUAUUCAAUAACGGUUGUAAUCAUUUAAAUACUGGGCAUCUUUUGCACACACUAUUAGUUCAUUAUCUCUUUUGAAAUACUUUUCUAAAAUUACAGCAUUCAAGGAGACAAUGCAGUCACGUUAAAGUUCAGUCAUUCUUGUUGAUCCCCUUCUGAAAAUGCUUACAUGCUAAAGGAUUAAUUUAACUCUUUCUCCCUACUUUUAUGUUAUGGUCAUAGCUUUUGCCUCAUCCCAGAGAAUUAAAUCUUUCUCUUUAAACUAAUUUUUGAAGCAACCCAUAAUAAAAUAAAAAAGUCAUUUCUGUUUGAGCUUCCUUCCUUUCAAGCUCACUGACCUCUAAUUCCUUUGAUUCCUUUUUCUUAAGACCUUGAGGGGGAAAUGUAGAAUAGGGUGGACAGUUAUACAAUAGCCUUCUAAGUUAAUAAUGUUCUAAUAGUGUUAAUGUGUGUCAGGAAACAUUAUAAAACAGACGAGAAAAUCUUUGAAGACCAAAUAUUUAUAUACAAAUAUCAGAAUCUCCAUUCGGUAGCUAUAACUGAUUUUUAGUCUUCUGUUAUGUGUAUACACCAAAAUCUAACCAGUAUUAUAAGAUGUAAUUUUCUGGUUGUUUAUAAAUAUUUUGUUAGAAGCAUGCAAUAACUACAUGUAGGUCAUUGCAGUGCCACAGGAUAUUAGUUGAAAGUAUCUUGUGGGAAUCAAUGAAGCUUUCAGCUGUAAAAAUAGGGCAGACUUCUCACAACCUCUCUGUAUACAGCUCAAAAGAAUUUCCAAAUAGUUGUUUCUUAUAUCUUGUAUUUUUAACUCUAAAAUGUUUUAUGUGAUAAUGUUACUCCUGCUUCUUAGUUCUUUAAAGCAGUUCCUGUAUAUCUGUUCUAGUUUUAUAGUUGCAAAGAUAGUGUGGAGCUAUGUAUUAUUCCAUUAAAAAGUUCCUAGUAUAGCUUUUUGGGGAUCUAGUGUUCAAAGUUCAUGUAAACAAAAAAGACAAUUCAUCCAGUGAUUGAUGACCAAUCCUGACAUAACAAGACCAGAAACAUGUUAUUGGAUAAAAUAAGGGUCACUCUAUUUGACCUAUUAACUAUUUAAGAUUAAAAUAUGAAAAAAUUGAUAUAGGGGGGAAAACAACCUGGUUGGGGUCUUAGCUGGGACCUGAGUCAAAAUCUCCCCAGUUUUCUCUUUGGCAAAAAUACCUGAUCCUGAAGGCAAGCAAAAUUAUUUUGGUACUGCUCACCCCGGAUGUAGGGAACUCCCUGUCAGCGGGGAUGAUGGGUAGCAGAGUGUAUUCCAAGAAUUCACCAUCCCGGUCUUCACCUCCUCCAGACUGUCUCCCGUGUGGAAAAACAGCACUGGACAAACACACUCCAGCAGAUGAGGGUUUCGGUUGGAAAUCCAACGGCAAUAAACUUUUAUUUACAUUUCUAUAUACAAACAGAGCAAAUCAGUCCUUCUCCAUGAGCGCUGUUGCCGAAGCGAACUCAUGCAUGCACACACACUGCUCAUCUGAACAGGAAACUCCUCUGCAUUCCACAGGAACAAGAAAGAAAGUCCCGGUCAAAACAAACUUGACCCCAUUGGUCCUGUGAUACAUCAAUCAUAGCAGACUCUCAUUAACUCCAUAACUGCUGAAAUGCCUUGCCGGAAAAACUAACACAUAAGGCAUUUCUAACAACCCAGAUUGAUUUUAACAUUUCACAAUACACAAUACCCUGACACUCCCCACCCCCCACACCAGAAACCUCCAUGUCUGCCCCAAGGGCAUGUUCUUACCCAGCUUCCAGGUCAGAAUCCAAAGAUGCCAUUGCCAACCUUUCAUUCCAACACCAUAUUUUUGUUUUCUGUCUCAAAAUCUGCCACUGAAAGGGACAGCGUCUGUCUAGUCCCUUUCCCUCACCAGGCCAUCCAAAAUGUCACUCACCCCCCUGCUAUAAAUCUCCCAGGAAAAGCUGAUUGUCUUGUUUAGAUAGGUGUAUGACAUCAGCUCUAUAUUAUUCCCACCUCUGAAAAUGAUACUGGUAUGUGGGAAAUAAUAGCCAAAUUUGAUUUUUUAAAUACAGUAGUAUGAAAUAUACAGUAUAUUGACUAUAGUGCCUCUAAAAUGUUAAACACCAUUAUCAAAGCAUCUGGUCCUGUGCACCAUAACUGAUCUAGUCCACUACCUUUCAAACAUGUUAAAUGUGUUAGAAUGGGUGCCUCAUAACUGAGGCUAGAAAUAGCCAGCCUAUAUUUAUUCAUAUUAUUGUCAGCAAAGAAUGUAAUUAAGAAAGUUCUGAUGGCAGAAUUGUAAAGAAUUAAAUUAAGAAAGCUGCAUCUCUAAUACUGCAAUUGUACUCUGUCCAAUUUAGCUAAUGUCUGCAAUGUGAUUGUAUAUUGAACAUAUUUGACGGAGAACCUAGAAUACUUAUGACAGUGAAGACUGAUGAAUUUAAAAACGAUUGGGAAAUGAAAUUCAAUUCAACUGAAUUCAACUGAAAUUCAACUGCAAGGGGAAAGUGGGUAAAUUAACAAGCUCUUUUGUAAUUUGAUGAAAAAUAUCAGAUGAAGACAGCAGCUUAUAGUGUUCAAUGGUGCUUUUAUAGACAAAUAUUUGAAAGAUUUAAAAUGGAUAAAAUUGUUGGUUAUAAACAAAACAUACCUGAAUUUGGGAUUCAGUUGUAUAUUCAGUUGUAUAUGAAUGAUGUAUAUUUGAUCGGUAAGCUGAACAAAGUUUUGUUAACAAUUCAGUUGGAAGCGGAACAUGAUAACAAUGUUAUGAUAAAGUGGGCUCAGAACGUUCGAUAUAAUAUAAAGAUGAAGCAAUUGGCAAAAUAUAGUCUGUGAGAGUGAAAUUUGUGUUAUGAUUUUAAAGAGAAUUUAUAUCUUUGGUAUGAACCCCAUCAAAAUGCAUUAAGGGACAUGUUGGAAGGGUGAGCAACAUGUUGACGUUUUAUCGUAUAUGGUGGACUUGUGGGAAGGCUAAUUUUUUUUUGAAUAACAUACAUUGUCUACUCAGAAGAUUCUGAAGGUUAACAUUAAAUUGAAAUCUGAAUUGUUUUUAUUGGGGUUACUUAAUGACCACACGAAGAAUAUGGAAGAUUACUAUGAUACACUACUAACUACAGCAACAAGAUUACUAUAUGCACACAAAUUUUUUUAAAAAUGCAAUUCCAGCUAAAGAGAACUGGCUCCUGAAACUGCUUGACCUAGGUGAAAUAAAUCAUAUUUUUAUUAGAGAAAAAAUACUGGGGCCAUUUCUGAAGGAUAGUGAAUGAUUGAUUUGCAGAAAAAUGGGAAUAACCUGCUAAGUGUAGAUUUUGAGGCUUGCUUAAGCACAAUAAUUUAUUUAUUUAUUAAUUUACAGUAUUUAUAUUCCGCCCUUCUCACCCUGAAGGGGACUCAGGGUGGGUCAAAAUGCUCAUAUAAUGGCAAACAUUCAAUGCUAUUGGACAAACGACAUAUAUAGACAACCACAUAUAGACAGAGACACAGAGGCAAUUUAACACUCCAGAUUUUGGGCUUCAUGAGGAUAUGCUCGGUUCCGGCCACAGGGGGAGCUGCUGAGACACUGAGUCCUUUGAUGGAAACUUCCUCUUUCCGCAUACUGCUGGAGAUUAGGUAACUAAUUUUUUAAAAAGCGGUACUUCAAUUCCUACUUGACAGAUGCAACUGUCUUUCAGCUGCAUAGGUCUAGCAGCAAGCUGGACUAUUUAUGGUCAGGAGCUUACCCUGACCCGGGCUGGCUUCGAACUCAUGACCUCUCGGUCAGUAGUGAUUUAUUGUAGCUGGCUGCUAACCAGCUGCACCACAGCCUGGUCCCUCUAGGUAUAAGUGUAUGAAUACUUUUUUAGCUGAAGAUUAUAUAGCAAAAUGCAUAACCAUUAAGAAUGGUAAAUUAUUUACUUUUUCUGUUCUUAUUUCCUUUUUCAUCUCUGUCUCUCUCUAUAUACAUACAUACACAAACACACACUAUAUUUAUUUAAUUCUAAGAUACACUUUUUUCCCCUAAGCAGGCAGUCUCCAAGUUACAGACAUCUGAUUUAUAUAUGACUCAUAGUUAAGAACAGGGGUGAGACAACAAGAAGUGAGAAAAAUCUACCCCUAGGAAGGGAAAUUCACUAUUGUAAGAGUUAUCAUGGGGAAAAGCUGUCUCCACUGAGGCUUUAUCACCAAUCCUUGUUUCCACAAGAAGUCAUUUUUUUCAAAGUCCAGAAAGUGAGGUGAAAUCUUCUGAAGGGGUGCAGACAGCAAAACAAACACCGCAGGGAUGUUAACGGUUACAUUCAAAUUCAACUUCAGAACAAACUGACUGAACCUAUCUUGUCUGCAACUUGGGUACUGCCUUUUGGUGAAGGAUAAGGCUUUGAAACCAGCUCUUUAGGUCCCAGGACGUGGGAGAUGGAGAAAGAGAAGGAGUCUAGAUUUGAGGCUGACUUGUUGGUUUGCUUUCACAUUAGAAACCUUCCAGUAAACGGGGGAGCAACCCAAUUGUUGGACUUUUGGGGCUUGGGUCUUUCAUGAAAGGGAAGGCUGAAGAGUCUGAGUUGACAUCUGGUUAAGAGUUGACAAACCUAGUCUGUGGGUUCCAAACCAGUUUGGAGCACUACUUCAAUAUAAUAGCACAUCUAACCAUUGUAAAAAAAAAUUAAUUUUUUUAUUAAGAUAUCUUAAGUGUUUGUUUGCUGAAUUUAAUAUUGCUGCACUCUGAAUUUGUGGUCUUCAGCCAGAAGCAUAUCUAAUAAAUAUCCAAAGAAGCCAUUUACUUCAUAAAUAUACACAUUUCUAAUCAUCAUCAUCAUCAUCAUCAUCAUCAUCAUCAUCUAUUUCUGAUAACAUAAAAACCAGUAUUGAAUCCAUAGCUAAAAAUCAGGAGUAUAUCUGUGACUAAAAACUACAGAAUUAAACAUCAGAAAUAGUGUGUACAUUUCCCUCUUUCAUACAAACCUCAUUCCCACUGUUUGUAGCUUAGGAACCAGUACCACUAAGUGAAUCAUUCCAUACUGCCCAUAAAAGAGAGUGAUAGUCAUCUGUUAGCAAUGCUUUGCCAUGGCACAGCAGUCUGAGCUUGGCAACCAUUCAUUUGUACAAAGAGUUUCUAUGUGAUCUCACCCCUAUAUAGAAAAGAGCUGGGAUUCUAGUCUAGUCUCCAGCAUAACUUGUUAUCUAAAUGAUACUCCACCUUUUAAUGAUGAUUCUAUCUAGUAAAUUAAAUGUAUCCCUCAGCUUUCAUGGUAGUUAGGAAGAACUUUCUGACAGUAAGAGCUGUUUGGCCGUGGACUACACUGUAUUGGAGUGUAUUGGAGUUUCCGUUUUUAAGCAGAGGCUGUGUGGCUAUCUGUCAGGGGUGCUUUAAUUAUGUGGGGGUUGAAUUGGAUUCUAUGAUUCUACAUGAUUCCCACAACAGUGGAAAAUGGCAAAGAAAUAACCAUCUCCCCUAAUAUACAUGCUACAGACUGCUGCUGAAAAAAAGCUUCAGUGUCAUCAUCUUUCUCAGGGAGAAGGAAGACAACACUAAAGGAGAUAUUUGUAACAUUCUCAGUUUUGGCCUCCUCCAACUGUUAGGUGAAUGAGGAGGAUGGCAGCAGUUGGAGCAUCACAAGAGUAGUGGAAAGAGGCUGUGGCAGGUGCUCUUAUGAUCGUGGCCAUGAUGAAUCUUGUCUUAAUAGGGAAUUUCAAGAACAUUAGGCAGACUGCACUUUGCACCAAACUCACAGUUCCAAUUAAGUCCAGAGCCAUCAAAGCCGCUGCUCUAAGAACAGUUGCUACAUCUUCCUGUGCCCUUUGGCGUCCUGCCUUUUUUUUGGCUCUCUCCUCCUUUCCCCUGUCCUACUCUUCCCAUCUACUCAUUCACAAUCUGCUAUCCUCCCUCCUAUUUCGCCAUACUAUCCCCCUCUUGCCUGAGUGAGUAUGGAAACACAUAUUCUCCCUCCUCUUGAGCCACCAUCCCAUCCCUCUGCAAAUCAGUUAAGUUUAAUCUGUAGAUAUGGAGGGGCAACUGUAAUUAUUUCACAGAAUCUGAGAAUGUUUCGAUACAGACACACCUUGAUUAACAAAGUCUUUGAUAAAGAAGCUUCUUUUGACAAAGUCAGAUUAUGACUGCCCAGCCUCCCCUUUUAUCCCCGUCUACCGAGAAGGUUUUUUUUUUUUUAGCAGCAUCAGUAUUAAGGGGGUAGUGAACAAGCACUCCAAAAACACAAGUGUACACUGCUGCGUUAUGAAAGCACAUUUGUAGUAAAACAUCUGCUCCUGAAAGCAUGUUUUAAAAAGAGUAUAAGUUUGACUAUCAAAAUGACAUUAUUAGAAAAGUGGAAGAGAGUGAAAGAAAAAAUAAUUGCUGGAUGCAUUUUGGGAGAAGACUAGAAAUGUUCUCUUAAAGAUGCCAAAUGUUUUUGUUUGCUCAUGCAAUGCUUACCUGACCUGGUGAUUCCAUUUCACAUAUGCAUAUCUUUAGGUUGGAAUAAAAAGUCUUCUGAAGCACAUUUAAGUGGCUUUUGUUUUUUGUUAUUCUCUCCGUGUUAUUUCUGCACCUAGUACCAAAGUUUCUUCUUCAUGGUCUCUGUGAAUACACAAAUGGGUAACUGUGCAGGUUGCAAUGGAAAGCUUUCCAAGCUCUACCUUUUAAGUUUUGGUGGUAACCCCGCCUACUUCUCCCCAGGGCAUAAAAGGUGCCCUGGCCUGCGGCUUAUCAGUUCCUUUUUUCCCUGCUGCAGCUACUUUGGACGCUUUGCUCUUCUUCAGAGAUGUCCACUUUGCGCUUCAAAUGUUGUACAUGCCACUCCGCUUGUACAGACAUUCACUGUGCCUCUUUUGCCUUGGAGAAGGCCAUGUUGUCGGAGCAUUUUAGCACUGCUAGGCCUUUACUGCACAGGCCAGAAAGAACAGGGAGGUGAGGCUUCACUCCCUGCUUUACCAAAAGGCCUUCAGAUCAUCAACUUCCCCUAAUAUUAAAUUAGUGAUGAGACUCAAGAGCCUAAGCCUGGAUAACAGUUUUAUUUCUUGCCUUCAGCAUGUUUUAGAAUAGGUGACUCCCCCCCCUUUUUUUAAAGAACUGUUUUGUAGACCUGAAGCCAUAGUUGGUAUAGUCUUUAAAUAACAAAUUGUACCUCUGAGGCGAUGCAUAUGUGUGUGCAGUUUACCUUUUUUGUGUAUGAAAACAAUUCAUGGGAUGAUACUGUUUUAGGACCUAUUUUUAGCUGUUUUCACUUUCAGCAUGAACAGUCGUUCACUUUUCACUUUGGAGCCCCCAGAUGGCGUAGUGGACUAAGUGACUUGAAGGUUGGGCUGCUGACCUGAAAGCUGCCAGGUUCGAAUCCCACCUGGGGAGAGUGCGGAUGAGCUCCCUCUAUCAGCUCCAGCUCCAUGCGGGGACAUGAGAGAAGCCUCCCACAAGGAUGGUAAAAACAUCAAAACAUCCGGGCGUCCCCUGGGCAAUGUCCUUGCAGACGGCCAAUUCUCUCACUCCAGAAGCAACUCAAAUUGCUCCUGACACGAAAAGUUUUCACUUGUGUACUUAACCCUGAUCAGCAUUGUAAAUAAUGCUGGCCCAUUGUUGUGGUCUGAAGUAUUUUGCAUUAUUUUAAUGUAACAUAAAACUGCAGUUUCUUAAAAGUUUUUAAAAAAACAAGCUUUAGGAGAGGAAGGGGGCAAGCACAAGCCUGAAGUUUGCUACUGUGUGUUAUAAUAAUGGAAAGGAUCUUAUAGAUAUCAUGGUAAGCUGGAGACCCAUAUGAAAGCUGACUUCCUGUGAAUGAUCCCACGUUGAUAAUGGACACAGAUUUGGGUGAAACAUACCACAAUAUUUUGGAAUCUACCAACAAAUAUAAAAGAAACAAUAUGUUGGUUUUCUUGGAUAGAAAUAAACCAAAGUAGCAGCUGAGACUGGAUUUGCAUGAUAGAUAAACAAAUGUUGAGCAAGGCUCUGCUGCUUGUUUAGCCAUCCAUUCCUUCUGCAAGAGGAAGCAAUCGAGCAGCUUGCAUACUGCUCAUGAUAUGGUAUGUCUGGGUUCUUUCAAAUUCUCAUCUUCAUACAUUUGAUUUGGUCCUUGGUACCCAGAGGGUUUUUAAUAAUCUAUCCUAUAUUUAUUACGAUUUUACCAUUUAUGUGUUUUAAAUGCAAUUUUUUAUCCUGUAUUUUUGUUUCAAUGGAUAUAUUGUAUUACUGUUUCAUCUUUUUAUAGUGUGAUUUAUAUUAUGCUGCCUAUAUUUUGUCCUAUGUUGUUUGGGCCUCUGCCCCAUGUAAGCCGCCCCGUGUCCCCGCGGGGAGAUGGUGGCGGGGUAUAAAUAAAGUUUUAUUUAUUAUUAUUCUCCCUGCUCCUAUACUACAUUCAUACAUUUUGGGGGGUGGGAAAAUUUUCUGCAGGAAGCUCUUAUGACAAUUACAAUGCAUUGUACCUUGGUGUCUGGUUUCCAGAGCCAGUGAGUCCCAGUAAGCAUAUUGAUUUCUAGCCAAGGGGUGCUGGAAGCAGUCAUCUAUGGGAACCAAGCUAGGAGUCUUUACAGAUAUCACAUAUACAAUUGAAUAAACCCCAAAAAUUCCCACUGCUAAUAAUACUUACCUAUCUCAAGUGUACAUCUCUUUGGGGAUUUCUUUGUCCCCCGGCAAUAUCUUCAUGUAUUGUCUUUACUCAGAUGCUCCCUUACCUGUAAUGACAUUUGUCCUUAUGUUGAAUGGUCAGAUCAGAUGGACAAUGUGUAUUGUGUCAGUAUUGUUACAAGCUUUUAAAAAGUAUGGUGGUGAAUACAGUGUCCUUAGAAAAUACAAUUGGCCAUCCCUAAUUUAAAAGGAAAGCUUUGCUUAAUAUGAACAAACUACUGAGAUAUUGAAAUAAAAUUCAUGCAUUUAUUUUCAGUGUAGUUUUUCUGCAACUUCUUUUCAGAUAAGUAGGAGUGGAUAUGGAGUCUGUUGUGGGAGGAAGCCAUUUCCUGAAUGCACCAGCUUUGAGUCGCUUUUUUAAAGGGGCUCCCAUUUGAGCACUUACACCUCCCUAAUGUGCCUGUGUGUUUCUGACUGUGUGCCAAGGAGAAAAAGGAGAUGGGGGAGGAGGAGGAGAAGUAGCAGCGGAGGUAUUGGAUUAACACAGCUGGCAAACGUAAUAGGCAAUGUGGGCUUCUUUUUCUGUAGAAUAAGAUCUGACCUUAUUUAGUUCAUAUUCUCGUAUGUUUAAAAUGUGGUCUGUUUUAAUGAGCGCUCCUAAAUCUUCAAAAGCUUAAAUGGAGCAAUGAGUGUGGAGCCGGGGGGGGGGGGGGGUGCCUGCAAAGGGGAAGGAGGACGCAGCAGUAGUGUGCAGUUUAAAAGUUCUUAACUUGCAAAAAAAAUGACAUCAGCUUCUUCCUAGAGGUGGGCUUUUUGAGAGUGAGUUGCAAAGAAACAGUCCAAGGAAUGUGCUUGCUUUGGAUUAUGGGAUUUUUCUUCUCUUCCUGAACUUUUUUUUUAUACAGGUAGUUUCUGAGUCCUUGUGUGCUAAUGUUCUUCUUUUAUAUGCAGGUUUUAAAAGAGAAAUCUUAUUGGGGAGGGAUAAUUUGGAAGUCAGUGAGUUGUGUGGGAAAUGAUUACAUCAGUUUCAGGGAGGGCUAGGAUUGGUCUGUACAGUAUGGUUUGAUUCACUGCCUAAAAGAUUUUGUGUAACCCUUUGAGUGAAGCACCAGCAGAGUUAGCUGCCUCCCCCAGAAAAAAGUGUGCAUGUAACCAGGGAUUUGCAGCUCAGGUACACUAGUCCCUUGAAACUAAAGUAACCUGGAUGUUGCAUCCUGGAGUUGCAGAGGAUUUGAAAAGGCAAAGAACAAACUCUUUCAGGAGAUACUAUCUGUAUUUUAAAAUGCCAUCUUGUUCUUCUGACUGCUGCCUUUUACGUGCUGUUGAGGAUGUAAAAGUCUUUAGCGAAGAUGGGACAUGCAAGGUGGUUGAGAUCUUAGCAGAUAUGACAGCUCGAGAUCUUUGCCAGCUUCUUGUUUAUAAAAGCCAUUGUGUGGACGACAACAGCUGGACCCUGGUGGAACAUCAUCCUCUUCUAGGACUAGAGAGGUGCUUGGAAGAUCAUGAACUUGUUGUUCAAGUGGAAUCCACAAUGGGAAGUGAAAGUAAAUUUUUAUUCCGAAAGAAUUAUGCUAAGUAUGAAUUUUUUAAGAACCCUGUGAACUUUUUUCCAGAACAGAUGAUUGCUUGGUGUCAGCAGUCAAAUGGCUGUAUUCCACCGUCACAGCUCCUACAGAAUUUUUUAAACUCGAGUAGCUGUCCAGAAAUUCAAGGGUUCUUACAUGUGAAAGAACUGGGGAGGAAAUCGUGGAAGAAACUGUAUGUUUGUCUGAGGAGAUCUGGAUUGUAUUGCUCUACAAAAGGUUCUUCAAAGGAACCAAGGCAUCUGCAGUUCUUAGCUGACCUUGAAGAUAGCAAUAUUUUCUCGUUAGUAGCAGGGAAGAAACUGUACAGUGCUCCAACAGAUUACGGAUUUUGUAUAAAGUCCAAAAAAGCAAGAAAUGAAACUAAAGAGUUACGGUUGCUGUGUGCAGAGGAUGAGCAAAGCAGAACAUGCUGGAUGACAGCCUUUAGGCUCCUCAAGUAUGGAAUGUUGCUGUACCAGAACUAUAGAAUUCCACAACAAAGGAAAGCUCUGCAUCCACACUUCACCACUCCCGUAAGAAGUGUGUCUGAAAAUUCCUUAGUUGCAAUGGAUUUUUCUGGACAAAUAGGAAGAGUUAUUGAAAAUCCUGCAGAAGCACAGAAUGCAGCCUUAGAAGAAGGACAUGCUUGGAGGAAACGCAGUACAAGGAUGACUAUCUUGGGGAUCCAAAGUCCAGUUCAUCCUUCCACAGUGAGCACAGGUAUUCAUAGGGCACAACACUGGUUUCACGGCAGGAUCUCUAGAGAGGAAUCACACCGGAUUAUUAAACAGCAGGGUCUCGUAGAUGGGCUAUUUCUUCUUCGGGAUAGCCAAAGUAAUCCAAAGGCAUUUGUACUCACACUCUGUCAUCAUCAAAAAAUCAAACAUUUUCAGAUUUUGCCGUGUGAAGAUGAUGGACAAAUAUUUUUAAGCCUUGAUGAUGGGAGCACCAAAUUCACUGACCUAAUUCAGCUUGUUGAGUUCUACCAACUCAAUAGGGGAGUGUUGCCCUGUAAACUCAAACACCACUGCAUCCGUGUGGCCUUAUGACAUCUGUUCAAGUCCAUGUUGAAGACUGGCUUUGCCCACAGACUGGAGUUGCGAAAGAAAAAACGUACACGGAAGUUCACGCUGGGGCAUUGGCAGACUUGUAGUUGUCCUUUAAAAUACAUAUGCACCUUGGCACUCAAAAAGGGAUCAUUUGAGCUGGUGCCAGCAGACUAAGAUUUUGCUGGUUUGUGUCAUACCUGAGCAUGAUUGCUGCAGAAUGUCCCAAGCACCAUUCUCCCUCCAAAGUUGUAAAAUCACUAAACAAAACUGGAAACUGUCCCUUGGCUGAUCCAAUUAACAGAAUCAAGUUGGUGAAGCAAAAUAAUUGAAAAAGAACUCUUGCCCUGGAAGAAUCUUGACAAUUUAAAUUUUAGUGUGUUUACUUUUUUAUUGAUCACUCACUAUUUUUGUCUAUGUUUUGCACUCCUCUUUUUGGGAUAUUGCAUGUGGUCUGUAUUAGGAAGUGAUUCAGCUUUUAAAUUUACACAGAAUCUGUGUAUCACUCAGUCUUGUGUGGUGUUCAUUUGCUACAGCUGAACUAGGAUCCAGAUGUCUGACCUUUCUGCAGACCUCAGGUGAUGUUCUUGAAGGAACGAUAUCAAUGAAAAUCUGAAAAAAACAAAAAACAAAUGCCACUCAUAUUCUUGAGAGGAAUGACUUUUUGAUCAUAAUAGCUGCGGCCUGUAGGCAGUACUUUAGGGCUGGACAGUUAUGCAAGGUUUUAAUAACCCCAUUCACAAAUAGUCUGGACCUAAUCUAAUCUGGGUGGGUUAUCAGUCAACCCUCCAUUCUACAAUGGGGGGUUGGGGGUGGUGGAGGCUCUGUUACUUUGGGUGUGGAAAAGAAGAGUUAAGUGUUCGAUUUGUUAUGGCACAAAUUCUGUGUUUUUAUUUUUAGCAGUAUUUCUUAAUUUUUCAGAUUUUAUCACAGAGCAGAUAGUAUGCUGCACAGCUUCGUAAGCACAUGAGAUCAGUACUGCCCUCUAAGUGUAGGCCAAAGCUUACAUUAUGCGUGUGUAUGAAUAACUGUGGACAUAAUCUAUCAAGGACUGUCAGAUAGCUUUUCAGUUCAACAAAAGAAAUAUAUGUAAGUACCACUAUUAGAAUAUAGAAUAAUGUACAAUAGGACUGGCAGUUUAAUAAACUGAAACUUUUAUUUGGAGGCUAGAUUUCCAGCCAUCUUGACCAGGCUGGGAUUCGUUAUUGUCACUUUUGUCAAUUGAUACUUGUGGAUAUAUGCACUAAAGAAUUUGUGCCAGUACAGUGGGCCUUCGGUAUCCGCUGGGGUUUGAUUCCAGAAUCCCCUAUUGAAACCCUAAUCUGUGGAUGCUCAAGUCCCAUUAUACACAGUGACAUAGUAAAAUGGCAUCCUUUUUAAAAUAGUAAAUAACUCAAAACAAGUUUCGGAGGACCUGUGAAACAGCAAGAGGCUAUUCCUCAAAUCAUUGCCUGGCCAAAUCAUGGUUUGAUUUUUGGAAUGUUUUAGAUAUGUUUUCAAGCUGUGGUUUGUUGAAUCCGUGGAUACAGAACCUGUGGGUACUAAGGUCUGAUUGUAUCUGGCAAACUAGCUUCUUCUUGCUUCAGUCCUGGUUCACCUAUAAUGUUUGCUCUAUAAUCUUCCACCUGAUAGAUAUGAUUUCCUGGCUAUAAUUUGGAUAAUUUGGGUUUAGGUCAUAGACAAGUGGUAUCUGUCUGUAUAAUCAUGCUGGACCAAAUACUGUUAAUUCCACAUACCUGUGUUCAUGGACUGUGUUACAUGGAGAAUUUGUACCAUCUGAACCAGGGACAUUUCUUAUUAACGUUAUCCCAUAUUUACAUAUACAUAAAUGCUCUUUAUUUCUGGUCAUAGCAUUAAAGUAAAAUCACCAUUCAUGACUGUGAACAGUCCAGUGUUUGUACAGUUUGGAUGGUUUAUAAAGCAACCUAGGAUUUUUCAGAAUUAGUGUUUCAAUUUGAGUGUCUUUUCGCUGUGUCCAACUAUUAUAUAGAAUUAAACAUAAACAAUUCAAUUAGAGUGAUUAUCUUGUCUAAUUAAUAGCCCAUCUGAAUGGAAUUUUUAAAAAUUCAUAAAAUAUUUCAAUGGUCCUGAGAGUAGCUUAAGAUAAUGCAACCAGCUUGAAUAAUACAUAUGAGCUGAAUUAUAAAUGGUAUGGAAACACUGUAUUUUAGUUUAUGGGGCACAUUUUAGCAGCCUUUUGCCAUGAAGUAUCUACAUGUAUGAUAAAGAAACUUGAUCUAGUUUUUACUGCAAUCUUCUUGAUUUUAUUUGUACAUAUUACAUUUCUAAUUGAUCUUUUUGUCAAUGUUCUUAAACAUCAAAUUAAGCUAAUUUAAACCUCCAAUUUCAUCCAGCAUUUUCUGUUCCAGCUCUCCUAAAAGUGAUCGAUAUAAAUUUAAUACUCUCGCUCACCACUUUUUCGAUAAGAUCAAGUAGAAUUUUAGAAAUAUAAGUGUUUAUAUGGCUUAAUUCCAUUAAUGCAAUACCCACUAAUUGUUUCAUAUUUAUAAAACUUCCAUCUUUAUUUUAUUUGAGAACAAAACAUUGACUAUCAUGAUCAUGAAUGUAGAUUGCUAUUUUUAUACACUUUCCCAACUUUAACCACAGCAAAGUGGUGGCUGCAUUACUUGAGCAUACCAUUAUUGAGCUUCCCCUUCCCCCAUUUUUUUGGCUGGAAAUUAAAAUUUGAAAACCCUUAAAUAUUUCCAGCAGAUAAAGUUGGUUGGCAGCUUAGAAACCAAGGACUGAAGGACAUUUGACUUCCUUUUUUUUGUUUGUUUGUAUUUAAAUGACAUGAAUGUAAAGAGGGAUGCUCAGGGUUGUUUUUGGAGCCUGUUGAAUUUUGCUUAUUUUGCCUGUAAUUUUUUAUUUGCUAAAUACAAUAUGUCAUGUAGCAAUCUUGGAAUAUGUUGAGAAGGAAAAUGCCAAAUCAUUUGGUAAUUAAAAAAUGCUAGGUAAGUUAAAUUGUUGUUGAUGGUUUUUUAAGUACAGCUUUUUUAUUUGUUGAAGUAAUCUUGAAGAAACAUGUGCCUCCGUUUUGAGAUGUUUUGUCUUAUCUUUUCUGCACUAAGUACCUGACCAUUUUAACCAAUCAAUGCACCUUUCCAGUGGCAAAACUUGCUUCUUAUAAAUUAUAUUGUCAGAAGGCAAGAAUUUUAACUGCAAAAUGGAAUGAAAGUGUUCAGGGAAUGCAAAAGUAUUAACGUAAGAGACAAAACCUCAUGCUCCUUAUACAUUGCUUCACAAUGUAAAUAGCUCUUUCCAUUGUUCUUUCUUUUGCUAGUGAACUUAUUUGUAAUCUUUCAGGUAUUUUUGUACAAAUGAGGGACUGAUUCUCUUUCUUGUAAUUAGAAAUAAACAUUCAUACAAUUGUAUUCA